AUGGCGUCCCGACCAACUGUCACCAUCGCCACGGCCGAGGGCAAGCCCUCUGGUGCUACUCACCCUUUGCCCACCGUCUUCUCUUCGCCCAUCCGCCCGGAUAUUGUCCAGAAGGUUCACACCGGUAUCGCGAAGAACAAGAGACAGCCCUAUGCCGUGAGCGAGAAGGCUGGUGAACAGACUUCCGCCGAGUCCUGGGGUACUGGUCGCGCUGUUGCCCGUAUUCCCCGUGUCUCUGGUGGUGGUACUCACCGUGCUGGUCAGGCUGCUUUCGGUAACAUGUGCCGUUCUGGUCGUAUGUUCGCUCCUACCAAGGUCUGGCGCAAGUGGCACCAGAAGGUCAACCAGGGUCAGAGACGUUUCGCUACCGCCUCUGCCUUGGCUGCUUCUUCCGUUCCUUCUCUUUUGUUCGCCCGCGGUCACCGUGUCGCCAGCGUCCCCGAAGUCCCCCUCGUCAUUGAGUCCAAGACCUUCGAGAGCGCUGCCAUCGCCAAGACCAAGGCCGCCGUUGCCCUUCUCAAGGCUGUCGGUGCCGGCCCUGACCUCGUCAAGGUCCAGAAGUCCAAGAAGACCCGCGCCGGUAAGGGUAAGAUGCGUGGCCGUCGUUUCCGCCAGCGCCGUGGUCCUCUCGUCGUCUACAACCCCGAGACCGACGGCAAGGAGCUCGUCAAGGCCUUCCGCAACAUCCCAGGUGUCGAGACCUCCUCCGUCUACGCCCUCAACCUCCUCCAGCUCGCUCCCGGUGGUCACCUCGGUCGCUUCAUUGUCUGGACCUCUGCUGCUUUCGCUGCUUUGGAUGAAGUCUACGGUUCUACCACUACUGCUUCUGCUCUCAAGAAGGACUUCCUCCUCCCCUCCAACGUCCUUGCCAACGCCGACAUUACCCGUAUCAUCAACUCUUCUGAAGUCCAGUCCGUGCUCCGUGAGCCCAAGGGCGAGGCCCGCACCAAGCGUCCCUUCGUCCAGAAGAAGAACCCUCUCCGCAACAAGCAAGUUCUCCUCCGCCUCAACCCUUACGCCGCCCAAUACUCCAAGGACAAGGUUGGCCAGCAGUCCGCUGAGGCUACCAAGCCCGAGCGCGCUGGCGAGCAGUUCCAGAAGAUCCUUGCUGAACAGUAA